AUGUCGACGAAUGAUUCAAAAUUAUUUUCAUCAAUCAAAUAUUUUACAACUGGUUUUCGUGAUCCAGCGAUUGAAACAGAAUUCAAACAAAAUGGUGCCACACGUUUAUUUUAUUUAACUGAAAAAACGACACAUGUUAUUUGUGAUGAUUUUGAAAGUAAUAAAAGUGAAUUAGAACAAGCUAUCGAAAUUUAUCAAACACCAAUUGUUACGUCCGAUUGGAUAAAAGCAUGUUUAAAAUCGGAUACAUUACUGCCAAUUGAUUCAUAUCGUAGUGCUGAUAAUACUAAUAAUCAUGACAAUACCAAAGAAGGUGACAAAGAUAAUAUUAAACGUCUUUUUCAUUCGUGUACAUUUGCCAAUGCUAAUCUAUUAAAUGAUGAUCAUAAUAAAAUCUAUGCAUUAGCUACAUACUAUGGUGGCCGUUGGAUGGCAAAUUUAGAUAACAAUUAUCAUCCGGAUUUACUUAAAAAUUCAGAUGAAUCAAUGGAUAUUGAUGAAAAUACUGGUAGCAAUGUUCAUAGGCGAUCAACUGAUGAAUCUACAUCAAAAAAAGAUACUCCACAAACAAAAUCUUUUGUAUCGAAACGACCAUUAACCACAGCAAAAACUCAACGUAGUUCAAAAUUUACUUUAACAAAUAGUCAUAACAUUCAAUCAUCAUCGACGAAAGAUAAUUAUAGUUCUGGAUUGUCAUUAGAAGAAAAAUUAAUUCGUCCAUCAGUUUCAGCUAAUUUAGCAAAUUAUAAAUCAAAUUUACAAUUAUCACGCCAUGCACCACCAGAGACAAUGUCAUAUGAAUUGAAUUAUUCAUUACAAGAUAAACAUGAUCGAAUUCCAUCAUCACAAUGUUUGUUAGGUUGUGUUAUUUAUAUCGAUGCACGCGAAUACUCAGCAACUGUAUCAAAAAAUGAUUUAUCAACAUGGUCACAAACAAUAACUAAACAAGGUGCUAUUAUAUCCAAUGAUGUUAUGAAUCCAAAUUUAACACAUUUUGUAUGUGCUUAUUCUACAAGUGAUCUUUUCCGACAAGUUUCAAAACGUGGCAGUGUUCGAAUGGUUACAGCACAUUGGCUAAAUGAUGUGUUACAAAAGAAGAAACUCUUCGUUCCGAAUUUAGCAAUUCAUUAUCCAUCCCUAUAUGAACCAAGUGAACCAGAUAAAUUACCGUUAGCAAAAUCUUCUAUUACAAUCACUGGAUUUGAAGGUCUUGAACGUGCUCGUCUACGUUAUAUGAUACGUUCAUUAGGUGGUAAAUAUUCGGGUCAUUUAGGUCGAUGGCAUACACAUAUAAUUGCACGUGAAAGUGGAACGAGUGAAAAAUAUUUAAAAGCUCUAGAAUGGUCUAUACCUGUUGUAAAUGGUUUAUGGUUAUCUGAAUUAUUUUUAGGCAAUACAAACGCUCUUAAAGAUCCAUUGGAUGAUCGUUUUCGGCGUCUUAGCGGUACACCAGCGAUAGAUCAUUUUUCAUUUGAUCAAAGUUUUGUUCAUGAAUUACUUUUACCUUGGUCGCAACCAAUUCGUGUAUCGGAUGAAAUGCUUCAUGCAGCUAUGCGUCAUCAUAACGAACAAGAAUGUUCAUCAUAUGAUGAUGAUUAUAUGAAGAGUUCUUAUAGUGACGCAAUUAUUCCAUCGAUGGAUGCAACAGCAUCUAAUAAUGGUCCGCUAUUAAUUAUGCUCAGUGGUUUUAAUGCUAAAAUGUUAAAUCAAUACGAAACAAUAAUUAAAUCUUUAGGUGGCAAAAUCUCAACAUUACCAAAUUAUACAACACAUUUAAUAAUGAAUAAAUUUUUGCGUACAGAAAAAUUAUAUGAAUGUAUGGGUUAUGUAUCAUUUAUAUUAAAUAAAAAAUGGCUAGAUAAAUGUAAUGAUGCGAAUAAAUUUUUGCCCGUUGAAGAAUCAGAUUGGUUGCUUGAUGAUGACUUGAAACCACCAAGAAAUUUAUUAAAACAAUCAAUUGAUAAACGUAUUUUGCGUAAAAGCAAACCAUUAUUUACAGGUUAUACAUUCUUUUUAACACCAACUGUUCAACCAUCACAAAUAACUUUAAAAUCAAUUAUCUAUGCACACGGUGGUAAUGUGCGUCGUCAAUUCCCAACAAUUAAACAAUUGACAACAUUUGAUGAACGAACCAAGAUUCCCAAUUGUCUAAUUCUUACAUGUGAUAUUGAUAAAUUAUUACUAAAAGAUUUACAUAAACAUAAUAAUACCGAUUUUGAAAUUAAACUUUUAUCAAUUGAUUUUGUUCUUGAAAGUAUUGUUCAACAAGAAAUACUUAAUAUGGAUACAUUUGUUGUUAAACUAUAA